AUGGGGACGCAGCAGUACAUUGGUCUCGCGGCAGAACUCACUAAGUCAAGAAUGAAUAGCAGAUACGAGGACUACCAAGUAACAGCGUUCAUCAAGCCAUUUGCAUCUACGGAAGAAGUCCUAAAGAUAUGUACCAAUUUAAAGGUAGACACACACGAUAAGGUUAUUUUAUGUGUAGGAGAAAACAAUGAUGAUCCGGUAACCGCCAUAGCAGAAUUAUAUGCUGCAUUAAAAUUACUAAAGCAUGCCACCGUUAUUGCAAUGAAUGUAACUAGUAGUAAGCAUUUAAAUAAUAAUUCGUUAAACACGCAAUUAAAAUUAACUCGCAAGAAACAGCUCAUAGAUUACAAUUAUUCAAUUAACAAUAAAUCCAUAAAGAGUGUAUCAUCAGUUAGAGAUCUUGGUAUCAGGCUGGACUCAAAAUUAACGUUCAAUGAGCAUAUAGAUAGUAUUGUUGACAAAGCCUACAAGCAAAUUGGAUUCGUAAAGCGCGUCUGCAACGAUUUUAGCAGUAUUAAUUGCAUUAAAGCUCUAUACUUUGCAUACGUAAGGAGUGUUCUCGAAUACGCUAAUAUAAUCUGGUCUCCAAAGUAUGCGAAGCAUAAGCAUCGAAUAGACUCAAUUCAAAAACUGUUCAUUAAGUUUAUCUCAUCAAAAGAUCAUAAUAGUUUUGCUUCAUACGAAGAUGCUUGCAAAUUUUACCGCUUAGAUACCUUGGAACUCAGAAGACUUCAACACGAUAUAUUUUUGCUACACGGUUUAUGGUCUGGUAACAUAGAUUGUCCAGACCUGUUAUCUAAAAUAUCGAUACUAGUACCUAAAUACUGA